AUGUCCUCUCGCAAUGCAAUCAACGGCACGACCACUACGGUCGUCCCGCCUGGCUCGAUGAAUGCCGGCAACAUGAACAACAAACUCUUGCCCGCCCCUGUCGCCAUCACCACCACGAUGCUGCUCUCGCCCCGCAUGAUCGCCUCCAUGGCC